CACAGUUUGUUUAGACGUUCAGCUGCUGUGUGUUUGUUUAUGUCUUUCAUGUUGUGAUAUUUAUGUGAUCUUGAGAUGUUGAAGAUGAGUUUGCAGGUGGAUCUGAUGUGCUGUAAAUCAGUAGGAACUGAUCUGUCCAUGUUGGAUAUUGAUGAUUUCAUGACAGAAAUCUCUCAGCUGAAGAAAGAGGUGGCGUUACUGGAGGCAAAGCUGAGGGAAAGAGGAGAUCCACUGAACGGAGAGGAGCUGGAGAAGGUUUCCUGUCAAUCUUCAGUGUGUGUGACUGAUGGGACCUCCACAGAAUGUCAGGAUUCAGUGUGGAGCGUCAGAGAUCAGAGAUCCAGAGACACACAGGACUCAGAGCUCAGCCUCACUUUACUCUGUUAUACUGACGCUCAGGAGAGUGUGUGUGACAGUAAUCAGGGUGAUCAAACCUCCACAGAGUCUCUGGCUUCUGUCUGUAACGCUGGAGAACAGCAGAUGCUGCAGAUACCAUUGAAGAUGUGUUCAGUGAAGCUGCUGGACUGCAGGAACCUGAUGGAGAUGAGAGGAGAAACCACAGCAGAGGAACAGCAGAGUGAGGAAGAUGAUGAUGAGGAGGAGGAUGACGAAGAUUAUUUUAUUCAACAUGACAAACACAAUGAAGAAGAAGAAAAUUAUGAUGAGGAUUUUAUUAAUCCAGAUGCAAACAGUGGUUCAUCUUCUGAUGGAGAAACAGAGAGUCAGACAGCAUCUGACAAAAGAGUUUUGCAGGAACAUUUAACGAGAUAUGAGAGAAAACACAAAGAACCAAAAUUCUUUAAAUGUAGGACAUGUGGGAGCAUCUUUUCUACCUCAGAAGAGAAGAAACUUCAUUCAGAAGUGCACAGAGUUAAGAAGGAGUUUCCCUGUGAGCAGUGCGGGAAGGUUUUCUUUUCUCCUUCUCUUUUAAAAACUCACAUGAGGACACACAGUGGUGAAAAGCCUUUCCACUGCAGUGAGUGUGACAAGUGUUUUAGCACUAAAGGAAUUCUUGUUACUCAUGAGAGAACACACACAGGAGAGAAACCGUACAAGUGUCCUCACUGUGAGAAGAGAUUCAGCCACAAGUCUCAUGUGAAGAAACAUGUCCGUGUGCACACCAAUGAGAGGCCGUAUCAGUGCAGUGAAUGUGGGAAUACAUUCAGGCAGUUAGAUAGUCUAAAGUCACAUCAGAAAAUACACUCUGAGGAGAAACCCUAUCAAUGCUCACACUGUGAUAAACGUUUCCGUCACAAAUCUCAGUUGAUAGUCCAUGAGAGAACACACUCUGGAGAGAAACCUUACCUCUGCUCUCAUUGUGGAAAGAGCUUCUCUGAUCCAUCUCAUUUUAAAUUGCAUCUAAGAGGGCACACGGGAGAAAAGCCUUAUAACUGCAGAGUUUGUGGGAUGAGUUUCAAUCGACACGAUACCUUUAAAAAGCACAAGAGAAUACACACUGGAGAAAGACCUUACAAAUGCACUCAGUGUGACAAAACAUUUGCUCGACAAGGUAUCUUGAAAACCCAUUUGAGAAUGCAUACAGGAGAGAAACCUUACAGCUGCUCUAUCUGCGGGGAGAGAUUCACUUAUUUAGGAAGUUUAAAUACUCAUCAGAAGAAACAUGCUAAAUGUCAAGAACCAUCAUAG